GGACCAUGGCGGCCGCUCGCGGUUUUCAAUCCGGUCCGACGGCCUCGUAUAUCAGGGAGCCGAGCUCCCCUCCCGGCACGGCGCCCGGUGGGUUCGCCUCGUGGUAGGAGCAGCCAUGUCCGGCAGAGGCAAGGGCGGGAAAGGCCUGGGCAAAGGCGGCGCCAAGCGUCACCGCAAAGUCCUGAGAGACAACAUCCAGGGCAUCACCAAGCCCGCCAUCCGCCGCCUCGCUCGGCGCGGGGGUGUCAAGCGGAUCUCGGGCCUCAUCUACGAGGAGACGCGAGGGGUGCUGAAGGUGUUCCUGGAGAACGUGAUCCGGGACGCCGUCACCUACACGGAGCACGCCAAGCGCAAGACGGUCACCGCUAUGGACGUGGUGUACGCGCUGAAGCGGCAGGGCCGCACCCUGUACGGGUUCGGCGGCUAAGCCUGUUGCGGGCUCACGCGUGCGGCAACCCUAAAGGUCCUUUUUAGGGCCACCCAGAGAGUCCUUGGGGAGCUGGGCACCUUUAGGACAUGGGCACGAGAGCGCCCCCGGAGCCUCCUUUAGGGCAAGGCGUUCUCCAAGCUGCCCCUCUGUUUUAGCAGUGACACGCUUAGACCGGCAAUGCCGGGUCCUUUGGUUCCUGCUUGCCGAGCCGGCCCUUCUCCAUGCCGGCCUUGCGUUUUGACAACCAGACCGCAGCCUUCCCCGUCCAAGGGGGUCCGCGCAGCUGUAUCCGCAUUUGGACAAUUACUGACCAAUCCGCAGGGUCCCGCAGCGGUCGGUGUGCGAGUCCAGCCAAUCAGGACAGUGCUGGCAUUGUAUUAUCUGAAUGCCCAUUUUUACAGGAACGGAUAAGUUGGACAGGAAUGAAGGGUGGGGGUGGGGUGGAGGCUGAACCUUCUCUGUAUAUAAGUUAACCAUAAAGGACCUCCAGCCUUAACCAGGCUGUCUCCCCUCUCACCCCUUUAUAGCAGGGAGGACACUAGAGCUCUGUCACCCAUCCCCUUUUUCUUCUAGGUCAUCCUUCCUCCUCUUCCUGCCUUUCUGCAUGUGCCUCCCUCUCAGCCCCUGACCACACCCCAAGCCUCUACCCCAUCCCCAGAAAAUUGUCAGCACGGCCGGAUGGGGCCUCUUUGGGGCUAUAAAAGCAGUUGGUCCUCCCCAGAUUAUCUGAAUUCAGGAACAGACUGGGGACUUCAUUCCGAAGGGAAUUGGGAAGGAGGUUGGAAAUUUUUCAGAAAGAGAGUGACAGGCUCCUCGACUGUGACAGGAGCACGAGGACAGGGAGGCUUCCUGUGAG